AUGGCCCUCCCCUCCUCGCGGACCCCGAGUGUGGAGACCCUGGAUGACCCCGCGGAGCAGCGGGGCCCCGCGCCCUGGCAGCCGCCCUGUGAACUUGUGCCGGACCCGGACCCAGAGCACAGCAUGGACGUCGUCCUGGUGGACCCCGCCGGGCCGCCCACGCCCGCGCCCCCCGGGGCCUGCCGAGGUGAGGAGCGGGACCCUCCACCUCAGACGCGCCGGUUCAGACAGGCCCGGGCCGGCCCCAGACAGUCGACCGUGGGGCAAGAGCUCCUCGCGCACGGAGUCCAGGCUCGCCGGCGAGACCCAGAAGACCUGUGCAUCUGCUGCGGCAGCGCCCGGGUGCACACGCAGCACCCGCUGUUUGAGGGCGGGAUGUGCGCGCCCUGCAAGGACAGGUACCUGGACAGCCUCUUCCUGUACGACGACGACGGCUACCAGUCCCACUGCUCCGUCUGCGGCGCCGGAGACACGCUGCUCGUCUGCGAGAGCCCCGACUGUACCCGGUGCUACUGUUUCCCGUGCGUGGACGCCCUGGCGGGCCCCGGCGCCUCGGGGCAGGUGCAGGCCAUGAGCAACUGGGUGUGCUUCCUGUGCCUGCCCUCCCCCCGCUGCGGGCGGCUGUGGCGCAGGAAGAAGUGGCGGGGCCGGCUGAAGGCCUUCUACGACCGGGAGUCGCACAGCCCCCUGGAGAUGUACAAGACCGUGCCCGUGUGCAAGAGGCAGCCGGUCCGCGUGCUGUCCGUCUUCAGGGACAUUGAGAAAGAGCUGCUGAGUCUGGGCUUUCUGGAAAGGGGCUCCAACCCCGGGAGGCUCAAGCACCUGGACGAGGUCACAGACGUCGUGAGGAAGGACGUGGAAGGUUGGGGCCCGUUCGACCUGGUGUUCGGCUCCACGCCCGCCACCGGCCACGCCCGCGCACAGCCUCCCGGGUGGUUCCUGUUCCAGUUCCACCGCCUCCUGCAGUACGCCAGGCCCCCGCCCGGCAGCCCGCGGCCCUUCUUCUGGAUGUUCGUGGACAGCCUGCUGCUGGCCGAGGACAGCCAGGCCAUCGCCACCCGCUUCCUGGAGGCCAGCCCCGUGACCAUCCAGGACGCCUGCGGCCGGGGCGCUGUGCGCGUCUGGAGCAACAUUCCAGCCGUGAGGAGCAGGGACGUGGCCUUGGCCUCCGGAGACGCGGUGGCGCUGCUGGCGGGGGGUGGGCAGGACGCGCUGCCCCCCGGCCCCGGGCCCGGCCCCGGGCCCACCCGGCUGGUGAGGAGCAGCUUUCUCCCGCUGAGAGAGUAUUUCAAGUAUUUCUCAACAGAAGCCACUUCCUCCUUGUAGAUGAGUCAUUUACCGUGAAAAGAAAAAAAGGAUUUUUCAUAGAACAAAGACGACUUUCCUUGUAUUGCCUCCCCGUGCUGUUUAUUUCCUG